AUGGACGUGGUUAUGCUUUAUAAUAUUUUGGAGGAUGAAGCAGAUGAAGAACUAUUGCUACUUGCGAAUCAUUUCCGUAAUGAAAAUGAUGAAAUGUUUAGUCAACGGAGCAGGGAGGGUUGUUUCAGUACUUUAAUUCAAAGGCGCCUAAUUGACAAUGAAACUAGAUUCAGGGCAUAUUUUAGAGUGUCAUUUGAAUUAUUUAAUUAUAUACUUAAUGUUAUUAAAGAAGAUAUAAGAAGGCGUCCAAGUAAUCGGAUUAAGAAACCAAUAUCACCGGAAGAGAAACUUAGCGUCACUCUAAGAUUUUUAGCAACCGGUGAAAGUUAUAGAUCCCUUGCUUUUCAAUUCCGAAUAUCUCACAGUUAG